UGAUCAUCUGUAUCCAAUCACAGCUGAUCACAUGUACACUGAUCAUCAGGGUACUGAUGAUCAGUGUACCCUGAUGAUCAGUGUAGCCCCAGCAGUGCCACCUGUUAGUACCCAUCAAUGCCAGCUAUCAGUGCUCAUUAAUGCCACCUGCCAGUGCCCAUCAGUGCCUCAUCAAUGCCACAUAUCAGUGCCUACCAGUGCACAUCAAUGCCACAUAUCAGUGCCCAUCUGAGCUGCCUUUCAGUGUCACCUAUCAGUGCCAGUCAAUGCCACCUAAUAAUGCCAGUCAGUGCCACCUAUCAGUGCCACCUAUCAGUGCCAGUCAGUGCCACCUAUCAGUAAGCAUCAGUGCCACCUAUCAGUGCCGCCUAACAGUGCCAGUCAGUGCCACCUAUCAGUGC